CAGUGGUACAGUCGCGAAGGGAGGCUUGUUCCCUCCCCCACCGGCGGAGGGAGACGCCAUUGCGGAGUUGUUUGCGAAGCAGCAGAGGAAGAGGAAGGGGUGGCCGCUGAGGAGGUGGUGCUGGUGUUGCUACGAGGGAGAUAGCCGCGUAGUGAGCGGUACGCAGGCAUUUUGGGGAGACGGGUUCUGUUCCCACUUGGAGAGCGGCAGGAGGAUCAUGUCCACUCCAGCCAGGCGAAGGCUAAUGAGGGAUUUCAAGAGUGCAUUGUUUUGAUUUGGAGAAGUUACAAAAGGACUUGGCUUUAGUUGCAAGAAGACCCUCCUGUGGGUGUCAGUGGUGCACCAUCUGAAAAUAAUAUAAUGCAAUGGAAUGCAGUUAUUUUUGGGCCAGAAGGUACUCCUUUUGAAGAUGGUACCUUUAAGCUAAUAAUAGAAUUUUCAGAAGAAUAUCCAAAUAAGCCUCCUACUGUUAGGUUUUUAUCAAAAAUGUUUCAUCCCAAUGUAUAUGCAGAUGGUAGCAUAUGUUUAGAUAUUCUUCAGAAUCGCUGGAGUCCAACAUAUGAUGUCUCCUCUAUUUUAACCUCAAUCCAGUCGCUGCUUGACGAACCCAACCCAAAUAGUCCUGCCAACAGUCAGGCUGCACAACUUUAUCAGGAAAACAAACGUGAAUAUGAAAAGAGAGUUUCAGCUAUUGUUGAACAAAGUUGGAAUGAUUCAUAAGAAAUAGCUACUUCGUUAACCUGCAUCCUCCUAAUUAUCAUGUACAAUUUAACUCACGAUAGGAAUUGCUACCAGAAUUUCUCAAGUGCCACGUUUGACUUGCAUACAAAUGUGUCUGCAAAACAAGCCCUUCAGUUUCAAAACUCUAAAAGCUUGUGUACCUUGAUUAAUGUACUUUUUAUUGCAUGUUAUGACCUAAGUUAUUGCUACAUAAAUUUGUAAUAUAUCCCGUUUGUAUUUUUUUUCAAAGUGUAUAAUGUUGAUGUGAAGUUUUCAUGACAGAAUAUACAUAUUUUGUAAAUCUGUACUUUUUCAAAAUAUUGAAUGCCUUAUUUUUGAAUUCUUUAGAUUUUUAAAUUGGAAAAAAAAUCACUUAACAGAGUUUUAUAUAUAAAAUAUUUCAUGUAAAUCUGAAAUACAUAAUCUCAGUGCAA